UACGUGCUGCGUGGUUCGCCCGUGAUGGCCGACACCCCACUGCCCGUGAUUGACCUGAGCCUGGCUGGCGGGCUGGAUCGGGCCCAGCUGGCCCAGCGGCUCACGACGGCGCUGGAGACGACCGGAUUCUUCUACGCGGAGGGCAUUGAUGGUUACGACGAGGAGGAGCUGAUGACGUACACCAGGUGGUUCUUCGACCUUCCACAUGAGACAAAAAUGGGCAUCGCCAGGAAAAGGUUUAACCCGAAAACGAAUAUUCAGUAUCGGGGAUACUUCCCAGUUGACAAAUCAGAUUCUUCGCACAAAGAAGGAUACGACUUGGCAUCGCUGGAACCACUGCAUGAUCCGGAGAAGGCCAAAUGGAACAUAUUCUACGAGCCCACGCCGUGGCCGGAGACAGACGACGUGGAAGGGCUCAAGCGAUUUCAGGAGUUCAGCGUGCGUUUCUACAAGCUGAUGACACGCGCGGGCCUGACGCUGCUGGAGCUGGCCGCCGAGGGUUGCGGCGCCCCGUCCGACCUGCUGGUCAAGCUGUUCCAGCCUGACCCGGUGUCGACUCUGCGCUACCUACGCUAUCCGCCCCGCACCGGAACCCUGCCACCGUCCGCUUACGACCCUUCCGACAACGCUGUCCUACUGUGCGCCAGCCACCAUGACUCGGGCUUCGUCACCAUGGUCUCCACCUUCGGCUACGGCGGCCUACAACUGCUGAAGGAGGACGGUGAUUGGCUGCCGGUGCCGUGUCGGCCUGGCGCCGUUGUGGUGAAUAUUGGCGACAUGCUCGCCACCAUCUCCGGCGGCAAGUGGAAGGCCACCAACCACCGCGUCGUGGACGAGGGCGUCAACAGGUUCUCUGUGCCGUUCUUCCUGGAGCCGCGGUACUCAGCCAACAUGUCGGUCCGCCUGCCCGGCUCCGGCCAGGCCGAGCCGGAACCGGUCAGCUACGGACCCUGGGCCAUCACCAAGAUGAUCAACAGCUUCUACGAGUUCAAGGACAUCCCUUACCCCAAGUCUCUGGUGGCUGAAUAACGCACGUUGCUUUGGAGUUGCGCUGGAAUCAGAGUCUACUCGGAUGGUCCGGAUGGUUACAAUCUACCCGGAUACCCAGAGUCUACCCGGAUGGGUUGCUGGUUCCCAGUGCGACGUGACGGCUGCCGUGCGUAAAAUCGAAGAGGAACAAUAAAAACGUCACUGCCGCCAUGGAAUUCGCAAAAUGCAAGCAUGCAAUAAACGUUUCGUUUCAGUGGCAGUCGAGACUGUCGUUUCUUAGCGUCCGUCAGAAGUGCCAUCCGGUUCGAAUUU